AUGGAGUUGACAACGCCCUGCACAUUCUACACACAGCCGGAUGUCGCUACUCAUAGACAAACUAGUUCCUCGUUGUAUUCGUCCACACAAACGCUGGGGGAAUCGCAUGACAAUAUAACUGACUAUCUGGAGUACAAAAUAGCCACUAGAGUCACAUUAGUGUAUAUUCCAAUCCUUGCGUCGCUGGGAAUCGUGGGAAAUAUGUUAUCACUAUGUGUUCUCUUAUUUUCCUCCUUCCGAAAGAGCCCCAGCUCUUGGUACCUGGCCACAAUAGCCGUCCUGGACACGAUGAUUCUUGUUUACAGCAUUCUGGAUCUCCUGCAUCGCAACCUGCCAUACUGCGCCGUGUACAAUGACGUCACGUGUCCCAUGAUUCAGUUUCUGUUCUACUUCUGCGUCCACUCGAAUGUUCUCGUGCUCGUUGCCAUGACGAUAGAGCGCUUCAUCGUCGUCCGCUUUCCGCUACGUGCUGUGACGUUGAUAACAAGAAAGACAACUCUGGCAGUCAUAACAGGAAUUGGACUUUUCUCGUUUGGACUAAACUUGUUUAAUUGCUUCACACGAUUCAUGACGACAGAAGAAACUACGGGUAAAUGUGUGUGCUGGACGUAUGGGGCGACGAACGUGUUCUACAUCACGAAGGUUUACCCGUGGCUCGACUCCGCGCUGUACUACAUCGUCCCGGCGACGUCGCUCUUCAUCUUCAACAUCCUCAUCAUGGUCAACGUGCGACACGCCUCAAAACAGCGACUCGCCAUGGAGUCCGGGUUGCGGAAAGGUCACGGUCACGGUCAGAAUCAAGGUCAGCAGACCCAGAUCACCUCUAUGUUAAUCCUCGUCUCAUUCGCUUUCCUCAUCCUGGUCAGUCCAAUCGGAAUCGUGCUGAUGGUAAAGCGGACUGGAUUAGCUUGGACGUUCACGAGCAUGCACGGUCGCGCGAUCGAUGCCCUACUGCGCAUGUUCACCGACAACAUGAUGUACACCAAUCACGGAGUGAACUUCAUUUUCUACUGCCUCAGCGGCCAGCGGUUCAGAGACGAAUUGAAGAAGGUGGUUUGUCGUCUGUGUUUGAAACGACGGCGGCGAGAGCGGCAGCGGCAGCAGCAGCAGCGUUCAAGGAUGACGAUAUUCAGUGCCGGCAGCGCGAUGGAUCUGACAACGUAUGCAACUUCUUCGUCAAGAGUUGCUUUUGAUACAGUGUCAUGUCUGUGA